CAUUCUAUGGGAAAAUCUCUACGGGAGUACAUAUAUCAAAGAAUCCAUCAAGAUAUCAAACGAUCAGGAUGGCAGACGAUUCGAGUCACCGGCUCAUUUCAAAGAGACCCUCCCGCAAUAAUAUCCUCUUGGGAAAUCGAAAAGCAGCCUACACGGUUCAACUUUUGGCGCCCGACCGCUACGAUUAUCGACGAUUUGACAUUGGAACUCAAUUGCUUUCCCUGUGCAGCCUUUGUUCAGCAUUACAGCAGAGUGAUAUCGACGUACCUACAGUUUGAGAAUAGAGCUACCAGGGUGGAAACGAUUAUACCGACAGAUGCGGCAAGCGAGGAUGUCUUCCGGCAAUCGAAUCUUCCAGAACUUGGAGCAACAGAUGUUGUGAUCUUCGGUGAAGUCCACAGGCUGAGUCAACUCGUUUCUGGAAUUACGUGGGGCUCGCAACAUCCAAACGGGCUAUUUGCCUGGUAUACCUUUGCGUCUGACAGUGGCAAAAGUAUCACGCUGCUAGGAUGUAAAGAGGGUCUCUGGAGCGAAGCUGCAGGGUCUCUAGUCCGUGUACUGCGAAAAAUCUCGAAGAUGCAGUGCCUUAUUUAUGUUAGCAAAGUUGGGUCUCUUGCAGAGAACGUUUCCGCCAACGAUAGAAUUGCCACGGGAGACGAAUCGUCAUUGGGAGACAAAGAUAUAGCUUGGGAUGACCCUCUCCGAGAUAUGGAGUCCAUAGCAUCAUCUGAUCUGGUUAUGCGGGGUCGGCAUGUCUCGGUUUCGUCCCCGUUGUGCGAGACAAAGGAAUGGUUACGGCACUGGCAGGAGACUUGUUCCUGGGUUGACUGCGAAACAUGGCACAUGGCACAGGCAGCCAAGGACGUGGAAGUCAGGUUCGGUUACUUACACAUCGUCUCGGACAACCUCGCGGAGGAAGACGGCGAGAAUUUAUCAAAUGAGGACUGCGAUGGAAUCCAAAGUAAAAGGGAAUUAUUGUUUCGAAACAUUGAGACCAUUUUACGAGAGUUCAUUGCAACUUGGGAC